UUCAGGUCCUUAGUUCGAGCUCUUUGUUACUCGUCUCCUACCGUCUUACCCCUCAUAUUUACUUACAUACCUCAGUAAUAAAAAAAAAAAAUAAAGAAAAUAAAAUCCUCUAGUCAGUUAAAGUUCUGACUAUCGCGCUAUCGAUACCCGACACUAAAUCUCUCAGCGAUCGUCUCCGGUUUAAAUUUCUCUACUUCGUAGAAUUUUACACAAAAGAAAAAAAUAAAUUAAUAUUUAAUAUACAUAUGUAUAAAUAUAUAAAUAUAUAUAAAUAUAUAAAUAAUACCAGUGUUGAUAAAUAAUUAAAUUUAAAUUUAUUAUUUUACGCCAUUUUUUUUUCCGGCAUUUGUUUUUUUUUCUUUAUUAUUUUUUUUUUUAACAAUUAAUUUUGUGGUUAUUAUUAAGAGUGUUUAUGUUGUAAUUGAGUGCCAGUGCAGUGUAAUUAUAAUAUUAAUUAUUAUUUGUAAAUUUAUUAAUUAAUUAAUUAAUUUAAAAAAUUGGGAACCGAAGAAAUUUAAAAAAAAACCUGAAGAUUGAAAACGUGCACGAGGUUUUUUUAUAAUUUUUAUUAUUUUUUAUGGAUAUCAAAACCGCGUGGUCGCGAUGGAAAAAAAAUUUUCAUAUUUUUUUCAUAAGGAAUAAAAAAUUAAUUAAAUAAUUAAUUCAAUUACGCUAUAAUAAUCACCAAGGGAGCUGGGAAAUUCCACGAGGUCAAAAUGGCUAAACCAAAACGUUUUCAAAGUGAAUUAGAUCGUUUGAAAUCGGAUUUAACUGAAAAAAUAAUAUCACCACCAGGUUCACGUCGUCGUACCCAAUCACAGCCGUUAUUAUCAAGCCCAUCACCGUCAUUAUCAUCGUCUACCUCUUCUUUAUCGACCACAAUGACCCAAUCGCAACAACAGCAAUCUUCGUCUGCUUUACCGACCGCCAAAUCCUUACCGGCCGAUAAACUAAAACUUAUCCCCCGAGUUAAAUUAAUCGACUUGACAAAAACAAACGACUUAUCGUUAUCUCUUAAAGAUAAACUGCGUAAAAAAACAUUCGAACGUACAAAUAAAUUAUUAAAUAAUUAUGUAAGAACAUCCAAGCCAUCGCUGACCUCCCCAGAGCCAUCUGAUGACGAAUACAGCACUCGAAGUUUAAAUUACUCUCGUAAAAAAGUAACGUUUGCUUCAAAUCGUUCAAAAAAAACUAAAAAACGUGAUAAGCGUUCGAUUUCAACGGAUGCUAAUUUUUGGAAAAAUAAAUCGGCAAAUAAUUGGAAAUUUGAUGAAUUCGAUGACUUGGAUUCGAAUAAAAAUUGUAGAGCUAAGCUCAGUAUUGCGUCCCAAGGUUCAAAAUUUGAAAAAUCGGCAGAGAUCGGUAACGAUUUUGAUGCUGAGGUGAUUUCCGGUGAGUCGACAAUUUUGAAAAAAUUGGAAAAAGUCAGAAGUCAACCCAAAGACAAUAAUUUGUCAGGAGUUUCGAGUAUCAUGGCGCUGGAAUUUGAAGAAGAGCCAACCGAUUUUUGCAAUACAUUAUCGGUAUCCUCUGAGUCUGAUAAAAAUUCACUGGCAUGCUUGAAAAAUUACAGAAUACCAAAAAAGAAGAAAAGUAUCGACUUAGAAGAUGAGAUCGGUAAAGAAAAUUUGGAUAUUGGAAAUAAUAAUUUGAAAACUGGAGAUGAGAAGUUGGAAAUUGAGAAUAAAGUGGAAAUCGAGAAGAAAAAACCAGAAGAAAAGAAAAUCGGUAACGAAAAAUCGGUAGUUACUGAAAAUAUCGAAGCUACGACUGAAAAUAUGGAGAUCGAAACUGAAAAUAUGGAGAUCGGUAUCGAAAAUUUGGAGAUCGGUAACGACGCGAGUAGAGAAAGUUCAAAAAUAUCGGCAGUCGAUAGAAUAAUCGCGAUAAAAUCAUGCCGUCGUUUAUCGGAAGAGAAUUCUGACACUCAAUCGGUAUCAUCAGGACGCAGCGGACGCUAUAGUCUGCGUAAAAACAUACCGAUUAAUUACAGCGAAGGUUUUUACGACGAAAUUGUAGAAGAAGUAACUUGUGAUCGAUUUCUUAAAAAUAAUCAAAGUCGAGAAUCUUUACCGGCUGGUACUAGAAAAAAUCGCAGGUUAUCGGCUGAGAAGUUACCGACUGAGAAGUUACCGACUGAGGCCGAGCCGACAGCUAAAAUCGAUAAGGCAGAGAAAUUAUCGACUGAUUCCGAGCUGACAAUGGAAGUCGAUAAGCCAGAGGAAGUGCCGACUGUCACUGAGCCUGCAGUGGUAGUCGAUAAGGCAGAGACGGUACCGACUGAGGUCGAGCCGAUGCCGGAAGUCGAUAAGGCAGUGAGUGAAAUCAGUCGGGAAGUUAUCGAGCCCGAGAAGGCUGGAGAAGAAAUGGCCGUGAUACCGAUCGAGAUCACUAUCGGAACUUCUACUGGUAAGAAGAGCAAAAUAUUUCCACGGGAGGAAUUUCCAAAGAGGACUGUAAUUAUAGAAGACAAGGCGGAAAAAAAGAGAUAUUUGUAUACAUUCAAUACGAGAGCCGGAAGUGAUUUGGACGCAAAUGAAACCCAGAAGCUAAAAAAUACUCAGAGCCGUCGAAAACGCGGGGUCGAUUCUCGAUCGCCGUCGCCAGAUAGUAUGUCGGUUAAGCCGCCGGCAAAAAAAAGAGGUAGGCCGUGCAAAGCUGCCGGUAAGAAAGAGGUUACAGUUAAGGUCAAAGGUCAGCGUGGUCGUAAAAAAAAAGUACCAGUUGUGGUUGAAAAGGUUUGUGAGGAAUCGGAUUGUAAGAAAGGUCGGUGUCGAUGUAAACAGGAUUCUGCUGGACAGAAGCUUCCGUCGAUGCCACGUUUCGAUAAUACUGUUGAAGAUACAGGCGAGCAAUCGGUAUUGAGUCAAGAGAUCGUUAACAGGAUUUGUAAUUUAAAUGAUCAAGGAAAUCCGAAUCUCGAGGCUGAAAUCGAUUCAGCUUUAGCUCUAGCCUGUCCAAUAAACGCAAACCGUCAGCAUUUAAAAAAAUUAUUCACCCACUUCCUAACCCCAAAAGUCGUGCAAAAAAUUGUCUCCGACCCCGAGCCCGUCUCUCAAAAACGUAAACUAGAAUCAACUACACCCUGCACUAGCAAAAAACCUCGAAAGACAAAACUAAUCGAUAUGUUCGCAGCCGAAGACGAAGUUUUCGGGAUUCGCAUCGCGAGACCCUCGCGACCCCGCGCUUUGGUCAGCGACGAAUCGGUACACAAAAAGCUGAUGAAGUCUUUCGAAAACUGGUCGAAAAUACCCGAACUCGCGCCUCUUUUAGCUUCGAGUCGUUCCAUCAGCAGCGUAACCAUUAAUCUUAAUAAUAACCAACAGCCAGUGGCGUCAACUUCCAAAUCUCAACAAAAUGGCGGCCAGCCCCGACGUAAACACUCGCCAAUAAAAAUUCCGGUCGUCGAAACUCGUGAAGAACCAAAACCACGCGAAACUAAACUUCGUAUUGUGACGAAUGUUGCCACCCAAUUAACGAUCAAAAAAGUCCCAAUACGGCCCAUUUCACCCCCCAGAAAUAUCCCCGAUAAUUUAGACAGCCUGGAAACUACUUGCCGCGACCCUAGUGACCUGAGAUCAAAACUAAGCCGCGGAUCGAAAGAAGAAACGGAUAAAAAACCCGAAAAAUCUCGAACUCGCGAUCGGUGGAGAGACGACAGUUCGGAUUCGUCAGGUGACGACGAAGAAAGUUCGAGAUUAUUUAAAUAUUUCGAAAAAAUUAACGACAGUGACGACGAUGAUGAGGAAAGUUCGGAAAAUGUCACUUCUAAUGAAAAAGAAACCAAGAAAUUCGAUGACCGAAGAUGGUACGCGUGGAAUUUGAGUGAACAAAAUGGCGGGUCCAUUCAAACUACUGAUCAAGAUGGCGGACUAACUCUAACUUCCGAUCAAAAUAUCGAAAAUCCUGACAAUAGUUCAGCAAAUCGCGAUUCGGGUGAACAAAAUGGCCGCGAGAAGAGUCAGAAUCAAAAUGGCGGCCAGGAUCGACUUUCUGACGGCCAUCUUGUGAACACGGAAAGUAAAAAUGGGGAAAAUGACAACCAGAUUAAGGAAAAUAGUGAUCAAGGUGACAAAGAUGGAAGUCAGAAGAAAGAAAAUGGCGAUUCAAAUAUCGAGGGUAAACAGGACGAUUUUGAACAAGAUGGCGGGAAAAAUAAAUUAACUGGUAGUAAAAGUCAACAAGAUGGCGACUUAGAUAAAGAAGAUGGCGCCCUAGGUGUCGAAAAUCUAGAUUUGAAGGAAAAUAAAACUGUACGUCAACAAGAUGGCGGCCAAUCUCAACAAGAUGGCGACGUAGAUAACAAAGAUGGUCCUCUAGAGGUUACUAGCCGUAAUUUAAAUCAAAAUGACGAUGAAAGUCAACAAGAUGGCGACCAACCUAAACAAGAUGGCGACCAGCAACAACAAAAUGGCGACCAAAGACGACAAGAUGGCGCUUUAGGUGUUGAAAGUCAGGAUAUGGAACAAAAUGGCGCCAUACGACAACAAGAUGGCGGCCAAAAGUGUUUAGUUGAUGAUUUAAAGGAAAAUGAAGUCACGAGUCAACAAAAUGGCGUCGAAUGUCAACAAAAUGGCCGCCAGGAUGAAAAUGAUGAAAUAGAUCGUAGUCUUGAUGAUGAUAAUGAUGAUACGUUGACGGAUGAUGAUAGUAGUAGUACUAGUAGUAAAAGUAGUGUAAGUAGUAGUGAUUCGAGUAGUAGUUCGGAUUCAAGUUCAAGCGGCAGUAGUCAAUCCUCGGGUUUUGUUGAUGCGUCGCAAAGUAGGAGUAGGUCGGAUUUAACGAAUGCAUUUAAUAGUACUCUUACUAAUUCUGGGGAAAAGGUUGACUUGAAUGAGGACUUGAACUUGAAUAGUGAUGAUGAUGAUGAUGAUGAUGAUGAUGAUGAUGGUCGGAGAAAGCUUGAGGAGAAAGGGGAUAAAGAAGAUUUGAAUUCGCAAAAGAGGUUGGAGUCGGACAGUGAGACGGAGGAUCAGGAGAAGGAAAAAGCUGAUGAUGAUGAUUUUCUUGAUAUUCAUUGCGAGGAUGAUUCAUUGGAUGCUGAUUUAGCAGAAUUCGAUGACGUCGCCCCACAAAAAAGUCCCAAACUGGAGCGUUUUAAUGCCAUGGAAUCUGUCAAUUUUGACGCCUAUUUUACUCAAAACAAUAACGAAUUUGAGUCUUCAUACAACGCGAUCAAUAUUCAGCCCAACAACAACAACAACAACAAUCAAAACAAUGUCACCAACAACAACAACAACAACAAUUGGAAUCAAAAACACCAACGUGAAUUACUUGAGCGCAGGAAGCAAAGGUUUUCACAGGACGCAAACAUAAACAACAACAAUAACAAUAAUAAUAUUGCAAACAAUAAUUUUACUAGAACAAAUAACAAUAGUUUUAAUUGCGUAACAAGUAUAAAUAAUCCGAAAUUGCAACCGCUGAAUGGGAACCCAACGAGACUCCGUAACGUCUACGACCCGCAAGUUGAUGGCAAUAGCGCGCAUUCGGAUGCUAAAUUUCAAUUCAGGAAUCUGUGCCACUGUCAAUUGAAAUAUGGUAAUUGUGCGCGAUUACGUGCUGGUAAUUGUCAAUUUGGUCAUACGAUUCCUGCCAAACUGACUCACAUUCACAUCGCGCCCGAGCUUGAGGCGAAGCAGAUCCUGGAGCACGCGAUCUCCCAGAACUACGUCGCCUUCCUCGAAAAUGUAUACGAAAACACUAUAGCAAAAUUCGACACCACCUACAUCUACAUGAUCCUGUCGAAACUGAUGGUCAACUUCGCAGUAGGAAGCCUCAGAACUUUCCUAACCUUUACCAUAAAAGUCCUCCUAAGUAAGAAUCGAACCAUCAGUCAAAUUGCAAGCCAACUUGCCGACCUGGUGACUCCGUUGGUAAUCGGACCUCCUGUUGACGAAUCGACGGCCGGUAAAACAGAUCCCGGGUCACUGCCGAAUAUAAUUUUUGACGUCAUAUCAGAAAAAAUCGAACCCGGGCAGUACUGGGAGACACUGAGAAGAUUGUUUUCGAUUCUUCCCCGUCAAGAUGCCGCUCGAGUCGCCAUUGUUCUGCAGGAAUCGCUUGAUUAUAAAAAAUCACUGCAACAUAAUUCCGAUAUUCAUAAUAAUUUACUAAUACAUUUAUUUGAUAGCACUAGAGAUGACAUUGACCAGACACUUCUAGCAGAUUUCAAUAAUUAUUAUGAUGAUCAAGUGAGACAGGCCAAUGGCACUGACACCCAUCAUGAUGAUCAGUCGGAGCAGCAUCUGAAUGUUGAAAUUUCCUCGCCGUCGCCGGAUCGCAGGGCGAAUUUCAAUUCCGCGGCCGGUAAUGCAGAUCCGCGGCCGGUAAGGCAGCUCAGGGAGGAGAUACCGAUCGCGCAUGUCGAGUUCGAUGCACCCAGGAGGGUCUCCAGAGGGGGCGCUGAUGGACGGAAUUUAUUUGAUGGUAACCGCGAGCUAUCUUUGAUCGAGUACAAUAGACCAGAGCCGGAGUACAAAUCCCUCGUACUGCAAUUGCAUCGUGACUUGGACGAGCUAAAAGCCUCAUUGCACACAAAGGAUUACGACAACGCAAUAAAAAUACUGAAGAAAAACAAAUUAAAUCACACGGCCGCCAAUUCGCAUCCGUUUGCUCGCGGGUUCUACCGAAUAAUUUGCGACCUUAUAACGGCCAACAACACGCAUCUAGAUGAAAUAAUUACCAGGACAGGUAAUAAUUAUUUCAAGUUAUCGGCGGAUGGUACAACAGUUUCCAUUAAUUACGACGAGUAAUUAACCUAUUAAUUAAAGGUGAGCAAAUUAACGCCAAAUUUAAGUGCCAAUUUAAAUAAAAUUUGUUUUAUUUUAUACGGUUAUCAUUGAUAAAUAUAUAUAUAGAUAUAUAUAAAAUAUAUAUGAGUAUAUAUAUGGUCAUUUUUUUUAUAUUUUUUAUUAAUGUAAGAGCUUUCAAUAAAUAUAUCAUUUUUUUUA